AUCAGCUAAAAUUGUCUUCUUGGAAACAAGGCGUUAAAUCACGUCAGGAUGAGAAUCUCCUGCGUUUUUCUACUUCUGUUGGCGCUGUGGGCAGAGACUACACACAGCAAACAGAGGACCAAGGAACAUCAGGACAGAGAGAAGCAUGAUACGGUGCUGGUCCGAACGAAACGGAGGUGGGUACUGUCCACCAUUGAACUAGAAGAGGAGGAUCCUGGACCUUUCCCCAGACUGGCCACUGAGCUGUUCAAUGAUAAGGAGUUGAACCACACGCUCAGGUUCAGUAUCAGUGGACAGGGUGUGAACGAGGACCCGGUGGGCGUGUUCAGCAUUAAUGACAGGACAGGAGAGGUCUUUAUACACAAGCCCAUAGACAGAGAACUACAUCCGUUCUUCCUUGUGAAAUUUGACGUGCACGACCGAAUAACAGAUGAAAUUCUUGACAAAACUCUGGCUUUCAACAUGGCCAUAAAGGAUAAGAAUGACAAUGCUCCUUUAUUCAGCCCUGCACUGUUAAUCACACAGUUUCCAGAGAACAUAAAAGAAGGACAACUGCCAGUUUCACUGCAGGCCAGCGACAUAGAUGAGCAGAACACAGACAACUCUCGCAUCUCCAUGAGGCUGGUGUCUCAGGAGCCCACGCAGCCGCAGAUCUCGCUGCAGAUGGUGCAGAACAGCAGGAGGAUCAAUGAAGUCAGUCAGCUCGUCUUCAGCGGAUGCUUUGAUUACGAUAAAGUGAACAAGUACACAUUGCUUGUUGAAGCCCGUGAUCAUGGAACUCCCUCUCUCUCCUCUACCGCAACCAUCAUCAUCAACAUCUCAGACUCUAACACUCACGCACCUGUGUUCAACGCCUCCACGUACAACACUCAAGUUUUGGAGAUGCAAAUCAAUACAGAGAUUUUACGGGUAUCUGUGCUGGACAAGGAUAACCCCAACAGUCCAGGCUCCAGGGCAGUUUACACCAUCGUCAAGGGUAAUGAACAAGGCAACUACAAGAUAGAGACGGACCCGGUUACCAACGAAGGCGUACUAACGGUCAUCAAGGGGAAAGACUACGAAAAGACAACCGUGACGGAGCUGGAGUUAGCGGUGGAGAACGAGGAGCCACUGUUCAGGUGUGUGGAUGGUAAACCAGUGAGGACAGGACCAGAGAAAGAAAAGCCCAACACGGCUAAGGUCCUGGUGAAGGUGAUCGAUGUGAAUGACCCGCCAGUGUUCCAGAAGAGUGUUGUGAAGGUGUACAGGAAAGAGGAAGACAAACCUGGGGAUGUGCUGUACCAGCCCAGCGUUACAGACGUGGACUCGGACAAAACCAAAAUCAGGUUUGAAAUAGCAGAAGAUCCAGCUAAGUGGAUGUCUAUAGACCCAAAAACAGGAACUGUGACCUCGGUAAAGAAGAUGGAUCGUGAGUCACCAUUUGUCAAAAACAGCACCUACACUGUCGUGAUUCACGCAAUAGACGAUGCGGAUCCUCCAGCCACUGGGACCGGCACCCUGGUGGUCCACCUGGGAGAUAUGAAUGAUAACAGCCCUCGCCUGGUGAACGGCAGCUCUGUGAUGUGCGGGAACAAGGCUGACCACGUGGUGGUGGAGCCCUACGACAACGAUGCCGCUCCGUUCGCGGGUCCCUUCUCCUUCUCUCUGGGAAGUGAAAAUGGAGACCUAAAAGACACGUGGAAGAUUCACCCCAACACAGGGCCGAGAACCUCGCUAGUCAGCCUCCGGAGCCUGGCCUAUGGGAACUAUUCGGUGCCACUGCACAUCGAGGACCAGCAGGGAGUGGCAGGCCACAACGUCCUGAACGUAGUGGUGUGCGACUGUGGAGAGGAUGAUGAGUGCAGGAGUCUGCUACCACGCUCGUCUCGCCUGCACCCCAUGGCCAUACUGGCUCUGUUGGCAGCCCUGUUCGUCCUGGCCCUGCUUCUGUGCUUGUUUUUCUUCUGCGAGUGUCGAGAGAAAAAGAUGUUUGAAGUGUACCUGGAAGAUGACAAGAACCAAACCCUCAUCCACUACAAUGAAGAGGGAGGAGGCUCUCUCAUAAGGGCUGGAUCGACAAUCCCGACCAUCAUCAGUAGCUUUGGCAUGAACGAAAGAUUCACACCGGGUCGCGGGGGAGUCUGGGCCAACAAUGGCACGCUAUAUGAAAUGAACAGGGCUCUAAACAGGACCAACUCCACUAGGAAAGGCACAAACAGAACUUUUAGCAGAUCUUUCAGCCUGUCUGAGUGGAACAUGGAAAGCCACCUUCAUCACAAACUCUUCAAAAUUGGCAAGGAGCAAGCUGACGUCUCCGUGUACCACCCGCGUCAGUACGCCGACGAGGGCUUAGGCAGCACAUGCGCGUCCCUAGACCGGCUAUCCUUCAGCACAGACGGAGAUGACCUAGGCUUCCUGCAGGAUUUGGGACCACAGUUCUGCACCCUGUCUGGGAUCUGCAGGCAGGCAAUGGAAGAGAAGAGGGUUAGGUUAUAAGAUGUGAUACACACAGAGGUUUUAGGGGCUUUAGCUUGCUUUCCUUCUCCAAUAGAGAAGCUAUGGAUGCUCGUGGAUGGUCAAAAAUGCUUUUGGAAAUGAGGAGGUGAAAUGAAAUGGCAAUUCUUGUAACACAUACCGCUCUCCAGACACACACACACGUCCCACUGGACCCUUGUGGUUAUAUCCUGGGAGAAGCUGGUGUUACAUCACUUUCUUUGGCACUUUAUAGUGAAUAAAACCUCGGACUGUUGAUUUUAGUCUAAAGUCUUUACCUGCUUUGAGCCAAAUACUUUUUUUUUUUUCCACUGGAGUUCAUCUGAUGGACUAAUUCUGCUAUGUGUGGUCAGGGGUCAACUUAAUGUUAGGGGUCAGGGGUCAACUUAAUGUUUGCAAGGUACCAGAGGGAGCUCCAGGGGUAGGCUCAGAGCUCUCAGAGCUCUUGUCUUGUAUGUGCGAGUGUUUCUACAAAAGUGUCAACAUUCCUUCACUGCUCUCUGGACGGCCUGAUGAUGUUUUCGGGAGGAAAAUGACAGCCAACAUUCCGGUCAGGCGACACGCAGACACACGGGGUUCCUGCGAUUCGUAUGACCCCCCGUGAACUCGUAUCAUCUUUCCGUGAUAAACCUUGUGUUAUGAUGACCGUUAUGAUUCAUACUGUUCAAAGGUCAUAUAAUUGGUGUUUUUUUAAUUCGAAGUCCUGUUUGUAUUUCCUUAGCUGCCACCAGGGCGGCAACAGAGAGCGUGAUUGCAGUUAUCACGUCACCUGUUUAUACGGACCGUGUUAGUAGGAUAAAAACUUAGCCUUAGUGAAACAUUCAUUUGUUAUAGUAAUUUUAACUGAAUGUACUUUUGUUUUGGUUGUUGUUUUUUGGUUAGUUAGCUGUGUUAGCCUACAAGUAAUUAAAAUAUUACCUUUCCAAGAAUAUUUCCAACAUAGUCAAUACAUUUCAUAUUCUGUAGUCAUUCAUUUUGCUGAGGUUAUCAGACAUUAAAGAAACAAGCAAGAACCAACACCAAGGUGCAAAUUAAACUUUUAACAUUGGUUUAUGUUUAGAAAUCAUCACCUUUUGUUUAAAAAUGUUAUAUUAAAUGUAUAGGAUCCAUGUUCAAUUGCUUAUGCUCCAUUCUGUUAAACCUCUUUGAAAGAAUUCCAAUGCAUUAAAUGCUAUCUGCAUAUUUUUACAUAAAUUUACAUAAAUCCCUGUGCCAUAUAGCAGUGACUGGUCUGGAAGCGCUAACUUAUGUCUGGAAUUGUUCUUGGGUUACACUGGACUGUAUUAUGAAACACUGUUUUGGAGGUCUAUGCAAAAACUAUUUCAACUAACGCUGGGAUGUUUUAUUUGGUGAGGUCACUAGGUGGCGGUAUUGUAGGUGUGUAUA